UCUCCACUUCCCCCAACUCAACCCAGCUCGCCGCAGACUCUCCUCUCUCGACGUGCUAAUGGCGGCGGCGGCGGCGGAGGACUCCGCGGGGGCCAAGCGGGCCAUGGCCUACGCGCUCUGCAAGCACCUCGGCCUCGAUCCGAGUACAAUAUCCAGUACAGGUAUUGAGGAGAGUGAUAUUGCCACCCUGUUCUCACAUAUUGUGAAAUCAACUCAAGAUGAGGUAAAGAAAUGGGUUGAAUUUUCCAGCAAUUUUGUUGGAAAAUGUGGAGAACAGCAUGUAUUACUUAGUAAUCUGAAUCAAGACUUGUCCCAGAAAUCAGUUCUGUUGGGUAAUGGUUUUAAACCAUCAGUCGCUGAUAUUGUUGUUUUUGCAACUGUACAUUUUUUUGUGGGUCAUCUUGGUGAAAAUGAGUUGCAGAAAUAUCCACACAUAUUGCGGUGGAUGGACUAUCUUCAGAACAUCGUUGAUUUUGGUACAACGGUACAAAAGAUUAAUGUGAACAAGUCUGUCUUCAAACCGCCUGCUCAUCCAAAGAAAGCAGAUAAAGGAGAUGCUGAUUCAAGUUCAAAGAAAGUUGUUUCAGGACAGAAGAAUGCGGGCAAGUUGGAUGCAAGUGUUGAUUCCAAAAAGGCUGCAGUAGAGAAUAAAGCUCCUGAGAGCAAGGUAAAUCCUACUUCAGCAAAACCUUCUGGUGAUAAGAAGAAAACCCAGGACAAAUCUGCAGGAAAACCAAAUGAGGUAGUUGCGGACAAAGCUCCACAGAAAACUUCAGAAAAGGACUCUGAAUGCAAUGUCAGUAUCCUGAACAUUCAGGUUGGCCUUAUUCGCAAAGCGUGGAAGCACCCAUCUGCUGAUAGCCUUUUGGUGGAGGAGAUAUAUUUGGGAGAUGGCAAUGUGCGUCAAGUUGUCAGUGGUCUUGCCAAGUACUUCAGCCCAGAGGAACUUGUUAAUCGCAGUGUUGUAUUAAUCACAAAUGUGAAACCUGGGAAGCUGCGUGAUGUAAUGUCUGCUGGAUUGGUCCUGUGUGCUUCCAAUCAAGACCACACGGUUGUGGAGCCUUUGAUUCCUCCAGAAGGAGCUAAGCUUGGAGAGCGAAUUUCAUUUGAAGGGUUUGAUGGGAAGCCAGAAGAUGUUCUAAAUCCAAAGAAGAAACAGCUUGACAAGAUCACACCGGAUCUCCAUACUGAUGUUAAUGGAAUUGCAACAUUCCGAGGGAUACCCUUCACUACAUCUGCAGGUCCAUGUAGAUCUUCAGUUCCUAAUGCGAGCAUUAAGUGAGCAGUUAUUUCAACAGAUUUCAAACAUCGUUGUGCUUUUAACACAUGCUAGGUGGAUGUACCAUUUCAUCUUGCAUCUUAUUACAUGCUCUAUCAACUGUUGCUAAAUGUCAGCUGAGCUUGAGUCAAUCCAGUUUUAUAUCUUAAAAGAAAAUUUUGACUAGCCAAUGUGAAGAACGCCUGUAUUACCUUGUGCAAUGCAAAGAUUCUUCGUGAACACAGUUGAGUUAGGCUGGACUACUGGUAUGAAUCAAUUCUUUUUUACAUUUACUGAAA